GAUGUGUACGUCAUGUUGAUGUGUGUGCGUCGACGCGUCGUUGUUAUCAAUAACUAACACGCUGUAAUCGCCAUACAAUAUUCAUUAUUUUCAAUUUUGCUUUCUCUUCCUUUCGCCAUUCGUGGGUUUUUCGACUUAUAACCCCUUCGUGGCAUUCUCGUUUCUUGUGAUUUCUCGUUGGCAUUAGUCCAUUGAACAUGAGUAACGCUCCCGAAAAAGAUCAGGCCAGUCUGGAGCAGCAGUUGGCUGCUCCAGACUUGCAAAACACAAAUGCAAAAAAACAAGGUUCUACUUCUGUCCUUAAGAAUAAGAAAACAGAUACUAAAAAAAAUGAAAAACCACCAAAACCGCAAAAAUCGGUUGAAGAAAAUAGUAAGCAACAAGGAAAGUUUGUGGAAUUACCAGGAGCUGAAAUGGGAAAAGUGGUUGUUAGAUUUCCUCCAGAAGCAAGUGGAUAUUUGCAUAUUGGACAUGCAAAAGCUGCUCUCUUAAAUCAACAUUACCAAUUGGCUUUUAAUGGCCGUUUAAUAAUGCGUUUUGAUGACACAAAUCCAGCAAAGGAAAAAGAAGAUUUUGAGAAGGUUAUAUUAGAAGAUGUUGAUAUGUUGAAAAUUAAACCUGAUAUUUUUACAUAUACUUCUGAUCAUUUUGAUAAAAUGUUAGAUAUAUGUGAGAAUGGAAUGUUAAAAGAAGGCUUAGCUUAUGUGGAUGACACUGAUGGAGAUAAAAUUCGUUUGGAACGUGAACAACGGAUAGAUUCAAUAAAUCGAAACAACUCAAUCGAGAAGAACCUAGAGUUGUGGAAACAAAUGGUUUUAGGUACAGAAAUUGGUCAAAAGUGUUGUGUUCGAGCCAAAAUUGAUAUGCAAUCGGCAAAUGGAUGUUUGCGUGACCCUACUAUAUAUCGUUGUAAACCAGAACACCAUCCUAGAACUGGUGAUAAGUAUAAAGUUUAUCCAACUUAUGACUUCGCUUGUCCUAUUGUGGAUAGUUUAGAAGGCGUUACUCAUUGUUUACGUACCACAGAGUAUACUGAUCGAGAUGCACAAUAUUAUUGGUUUUGUGAUGCAUUAAAACUCGGAACUCGCAACCAUGAAACCCGACCUUAUGUGUGGUCAUAUUCAAGAUUAAAUAUGACUAAUACUGUUCUGUCGAAAAGAAAGUUAACUUGGUUUGUUGAACAAGGUCAUGUAGAUGGAUGGGAUGAUCCACGCAUGCCGACUGUUCGUGGUGUAUUAAGGAGAGGUAUGCAGGUCGAAGCAUUGAAACAAUUCAUUGUGGCCCAAGGCUCUUCCAGAACUGUUACAGCUAUGCAGUGGGAUAAAAUUUGGUCAUUGAAUCGCGGUAUCAUUGAUUUAAUAGCACCAAGGCAUACUACUUUAUUGUUAUCCAAUUCAAAUAAAGAAAAUGCUGUAUUAUCUUAUCCACCUGUUGAAGUUGUGGUAGAAGAUGUUAAAAAAGCAUAUAAAAUUGACAAUGUCCCUAGACAUCCUAAAAAUUCCCAACUAGGAUUAAAAAAUUGUGUCUGGGCAGCACCUAAAAUUCUUAUAGAUUAUAGUGAUGCAGAGUUAUUAGAAGCUGGACGUCAUGCGACAUUUAUAAACUGGGGCAAUCUUUUAAUAAAUCGUAUUGAAAGGAAUCAAGAUAAUAAAAUAGAGAAAAUUUAUGCAGUGUCUGACCUUGGAAACACUGAUUUUAAAUCUACCAUUAAAGUUACUUGGUUACCUAGUACUGAUAAUUCAGAAUCUGAAGAAGUCUUGCCUAUUUUGGUACCAGUUGUUUGUGUUUAUUUUGAUCAUUUAAUCAGUAAAGCAGUAUUAGCCAAAGAUGAUGAUUUUAAGGAUUAUUUAAAUACAGAAAAUAGUCGUUGGGAAUUGCAAAUGUUAGGUGAUUCGGAAUUGAAAGAUAUAAAGAAAGGAGAUGUGAUUCAAUUACAACGUAGAGGUUACUUUAUAUGUGAUUCAACAUACCAGCCAUUUAGCAUUCACUCUGGGAAAGAAACUCCAUUAGUAUUGUUUAAUAUACCUGAUGGUCACACAAAAACAACUCCAAUAACUACUGUUCCUGUAGCAAUUGCCCAAAGUAAUGCUAAGAAAAGUACAAACAAGAAUGUUGACUCUUUAAUCAUUCAAAUAAAUGAUCAAGCUAAUAAAGUACAAUGUAUGAAGGCUAACUUAGAAGAAGCUGUUAAAGUUUUACUUGCUUUAAAAGCCGAGUAUAAAAGUAUAACAGGUGUUGACUUUCCUGCUGGUGGUAUUCCAACACCAAAGCAAGCUGAAACGUCCAAUUCUGAAUUAAGUAAACCUUCGGCAGAUGCAAUAGUGACAAAAAUUAAUGAACAAGGAGAUAAAGUGCGAUCAAUGAAAAGUAGUAAAGCACCUAAAGCAGAUGUUGGAGAAGCUGUCAAAGUUUUACUUGCAUUGAAAGCCGAAUAUAAAAGUAUAACAGGUGUUGACUUUCCUGCUGGUGGUAUUCCAACACCAAAGCAAGCUGAAACGUCCAAUUCUGAAUUAAGUAAACCUUCGGCAGAUGCAAUAGUGACAAAAAUUAAUGAACAAGGAGAUAAAGUGCGAUCAAUGAAAAGUAGUAAUGCUUCUAAAGCAGAUGUCGGGGAAGCUGUCAAAGUUUUACUUGCAUUGAAAGCUGAAUAUAAAAGUAUAACAGGUGUUGACUUUCCUGCUGGUGGUAUUCCAACACCAAAGCAAGUUAAUAAAUCUGAUUCUGAACUAAGUAAAUCUUCUACUAAUGAAAUAGUAAAGAAAAUUAAUGAACAAGGCGAUAAAGUGCGAUCAAUGAAAAGUAGUAAAGCACCUAAAGCAGAUGUCGGAGAAGCUGUCAAAGUUUUACUUGCAUUGAAAGCUGAAUAUAAAAGUAUAACGGGUGUUGACUUUCCUGCUGGUGGUAUUCCAACACCAAAGCAAGCUGAAACGUCUAAUUCUGAAGUAAGUAAACCUUCGGCAGAUGCAAUAGUGACAAAAAUUAAUGAACAAGGCGAUAAAGUGCGAUCAAUGAAAAGUAGUAAUGCUUCUAAAGCAGAUGUCGGGGAAGCUGUCAAAGUUUUACUUGCAUUGAAAGCUGAAUAUAAAAGUAUAACAGGUGUUGACUUUCCUGCUGGUGGUAUUCCAACACCAAAGCAAGUUAAUAAAUCUGAUUCUGAGCUAAGUAAUUCUUCUGCUGAAGAAAUAGUAAAGAAAAUUAUCGAACAAGGAGAUAAAGUGCGGUUAAUGAAAAACAAUAAUGCUUCCAAAACUGAUAUUGAAGAACAAGUAAAAGUUCUAUUAACAUUAAAAAAUGAUUAUAAAUCAAUGACUGGUAAAGAAUAUCAACCUCCAACUGUAAAUGGCAGAUCAUCAACAACAUCAGAUAAAAAAUCUAAAAAAAAAGACAAUAUUGCCGUGACCACUUCUAAAACGACUGAUAAUACGAACACCAAAAAAGUAACCAAAUUAGGGUUAGAAGUACCAAAAGUAUCAGAAAAUCUUGGAGAAUGGUAUUCUCAAGUCUUAGUUAAAGGCGAAAUGAUUGAGUAUUAUGACGUAAGUGGAUGUUAUGUGCUUAGGCCUUGGGCCUAUAGAAUAUGGGAAUUAAUACAAGAAUGGUUUGAUGCCCGGAUUAAAAGAAAACCUCUUAAUGUACGCAAUUGCUACUUUCCAAUGUUUGUAUCACAAAGUGCAUUAGAAAGAGAAAAAGAACAUAUUGCAGAUUUUGCACCAGAGGUUGCUUGGGUUACCAAAUCUGGCGAAACAGAUUUAGCUGAGCCUAUUGCUAUAAGACCAACUAGCGAAACAGGAAUGUAUCCGGCUUUUGCCAAAUGGAUUCAGUCUUAUAGAGAUUUGCCUUUGAAACUCAAUCAAUGGAACAGCGUUGUGAGGUGGGAAUUUAAACAUCCACAACCAUUCUUGAGAACUAGAGAGUUUUUGUGGCAAGAAGGUCAUAAUGCAUAUGCAACUAGAGAAGAAGCAGAACGUGAUGUAUUAAUAAUAUUAGGUUAUUAUGAAUAUGUCUACAAGAAUAUUCUGGCAGUACCAGUUAUAAAAGGUAAAAAAACAGAAAAAGAAAAGUUUGCUGGAGGAGAAUUCACUACUACUUGUGAAGCAUACGUAGCGUCUAGCGGUCGAGCAAUUCAAGGCGCCACUUCCCAUUACCUGGGUACCAAUUUUGCUCAUAUGUUUGAUGUUCAUUUUGAACAUCCAGAUACACAUGAAAAAACAUUUGUUCAUCAGAUUUCAUUUGGAAUGACCACAAGAACAAUUGGUGUUAUGGUAAUGGUUCAUGGUGAUGAUCGUGGGCUUGUCUUACCUCCACGCAUAGCGUCUAUUCAGGUAAUUAUAGUACCAUGUGGUGUAGGCGCUAGUACAGCAAACGAAGUCAAAGAGAAUUUGACUAAAACCUGUUUAGAUGUAUGCAACCGCUUGAAAGGAAAUAAUUUAAUAGAUGAUGAUGAUAAUAAUGACAAUAGUGUUGCCCAACAUCAUAAGUCUUCGACAAUAAUCAGAGCAGAUACAGACUUACGAGAUAAUUAUUCACCUGGAUGGAAGUUCAACCAUUGGGAGUUAAAGGGAGUUCCAUUGAGGUUGGAAAUUGGACCAAAAGACUUGGAUCGAAACCAAAUGGUAGCUGUACGGCGAGAUAGUGGAGAGAAACUAACUAUUUCCUUAGAAGGAUGUUCAAAAGAUAAUGAUGGAAAUGAUAAGAUGGUUGUAAGAAUAACUGAAUUAUUGAAUCAAAUACAGCAAGAUAUGUACGCUAAAGCAGAAAAGGAAUUGAAAGAAAAUGUUGUAAUAUGUCGUAAAUGGUCUGAAUGUGCUGCACAUUUAGCAGCAAAACGUUUAUUAUUGAUUCCGUUCUGUGGACGUCCUAACUGCGAGGAUAACAUCAAACGUGAUACCACAUUGGAUGAUGGUACCGCAGAAGUUGGAGCUUCAACAAUGGGAGCAAAAUCAUUAUGCGUACCAUUUGAACAACCUAAGGGAGAUGAACAAUUAAAAUCCAAUGAUCAAUGUAUACAUCCAGAAUGCGGACUAACAGCUGGGUCAUUUACACUAUUUGGACGCAGUUAUUAAACUAAAAUGUUUGCUAGUUUUUACCUAAUAAAACUAUGAUGUGCAUUUUAUUUUAACUUUUGUGUAAAAAUUACAACUCCUCUUUUUGAUGUUUAUCUAUAAAUACAAUACCAUAAUUUACAAA